AUGUGGCAUCACAUUCAACCGUUCUUACUCGGACUCUUCUUUUUACACAAUCUUCAAAUCAUCAAUGGCAUCGUGUGCUAUCAAUGUACUGACUGUCCAGAGCCAUUUACAUCAAAUUAUCCUUAUGUGACAUUGACGAAUAACACGAAUUUUCUCGCACAAUGUACCAAAACAGUCUUAAAUUUAGUUCCACCACUUCGGAUGCUAUACAAAUGA